AUGGGUCUUUUCGGCAGGGAAGUUCCCCUUAGAAAACUUUGGACCUCUAACUUGCUGGUGGCUUCGGUGGUCCAUUUUGCUUUGCUCGUUAUUUCAACGAUGAGUGGCAGCCCUGUGCUGUUUAUACUCUGCCUUUUUGGAACGGUGCUAUCCUGCUUAGUUUUAGUGGACUGGAGGUACUUAUCUUUAAUUUUAAACACUGUUGGCCAGGUGUUUUCCGUCGUUGCUUUAUUCUUUGUGUAUUCUUGCAAAUCUUUAAACUGCGGACUAAAGGCUAGGUGGCAAAAGGAGGCGGUUAAAUGGGUGUUUCCUAUUUUUUGUCUUCACUCUGCUUGCGUUACGCUCACGAUCAUUGGUCUUAAAAGGAGGUACAAGGUUAAAGAUGAUUAUCCCUUGAGGGAGGUGGUCACGCUUCUUAAGGACUGCGAUUCUUACUUUAGUGAGAUAAGGCAGCGGAGAGAAAAGAUGCUGGAGGAAAAAAAACUAGAAAGUGAGAUGAGGAGGAUUGAAAUUCAAAAGGAGGAAGAGGUGGCCAAGAAGAUUGUCGAUGGUCUUUACGGUUUCACCAACAGAUCGAAUUUUCCUGAACUAGAAGCCAAUUUGGGCAAGCCGCAUGGAACCAAUGUGAUAGAAGAAGCCACUAACAGGAAUAAAAAUAGCUCAUUUGACAAGGAUACACAGAGAAGGGUUGACGAGUUCGGACUUCAAUCCGGGUUAGGCAAUGACAAAAGUCCUAAUUUUAACUUUCGCAUUUCAAUUCCCGAGGAGUUGGGACCGGUUGAACCUUACAAAGAUCAAAAUAGCCCCUAUAUACAGUGGGAUUCAAGAGGAACAUUCAAUCAUCUAAAUUAA